GUGCACUAGAAGUGAUGAGAGGCUGGUCCUGAAUACCGCAGUCUGUCUGCACUGCACUGCCUGCACACUCGCAGGCUCGGGUGGCCCGUGCACCGUACAAGGUUCGCCAGGACCCAAGCCGUCCGUCCACCCAUCCAGGGCCUUCUCCAGUCGCGACCGAUCCCAGAAAGCGCGACAACGCGAUCCAGACACAUCAACCCUGAGCUCCAUUGUUGCUCCUCCUUGCCUUCAACCGUUGCUCUAAGCGGUCCGGCCGGUCCAGUUAAAUUGCUUUCAUUGCCGUGUCGCCGGUCCCCGUGAACCGAAGCGGCACGUCGCCGACGUUGCGACUGUCUUGUGUGUCGCGAUGGCUUCUUCAUCUGAUUCCUCUGCAUCUGCCUCUGCGUCUGCUCCCGCCGCUACAUCAGCACCUGCAUCUGCUUCUACAUCUAUCCCUGCUCCUAAUUCCACCUCUGGCGACCCUUCAUCCGCUGGCUCGUCGGAUCCUGCCCAACCUGCCCCGUCUUCCUCCACGCCCACAGCCGAGAAUGGUACCGCCGACGAAACGCCAGCCUCCAAAAACCACGCCUCCAAAGACCCAACCCCAGAGGUCAAAAUACCCAUCCGCACUGAGGAAUCAUUCAAGGCCUAUCAGCUCGAGCGCAUCAUCGCCCGGGACAAAAUUGCCACUGCCGCCCUGAAGGAGAAGCAGGCGCGCCUCGAAGACAAUACGAAACGCUGGAAACAAGAAAUCGACGAGUACAAGCUGGUCCAGACCCAACCCACCUCCUCGUUCUUUCCCCCCUCCAGGUUAUACGGGGAAGGGUACAAUGGCUUUGGCAAUGGACACACCGAGAAUCGCGGCCCACCGCGUCUGGUCUACCCCAAAGACAAGCCUCGCGCCGGCAGGCGAACCACACCAGCCUUGCCGAAGCCGAGCCGGAAGGACCUAAAGGAGCAGGCUGACCAGUACGAAGAACUAGUACCCGUACGGCUCGAUGUCGAUUGGGACAAGCUUAAGCUGCGCGACACACUGACAUGGAACCUGCACGACCGCCUGGUGCCCGUUGACCUCUUCUCCGCGCAGCUUGUCGAGGACAUGGGCCUCAAGGCGCCACACGACCGACCGGUCUACGAGCAGAUCCAGAACCAGAUCCGCGAACAGCUGCUUGACUUUUACCCGAUGGUCUACUCUCAGGAGGAUGCGCUCGACCCCGAACUACCCUACUCGGCAUACAAGAACGACGAGAUGAGGAUAUUGAUCAAGCUCAACAUCACAAUCGGCGCGGUCACACUGAUUGAUCAGUUCGAGUGGGAGAUGAACGAGCCAGACAACUCCCCCGAGGAAUUCGCUCGGGUCAUGGCCAAAGACCUGUCGCUAUCCGGUGAAUUCACAACGGCAAUAGCACACUGCAUCCGCGAACAGACACAGCUUUUCACACGGACCCUAUACGGCAUCGGGCAUCCUUUCGACGGCAGGCCAAUAGAAGAGCCUGAUCUCGCCGCCUCCUUCUUGCCUUCGCCUUUGCCCACUGUUUUCCGGCCCCAACAGCAGGCCAAGGACUACGCUCCGUACCUCUAUGAGCUUGGCGACCAAGAUCUGGAGAGGAACGAGGUUAUCUUCGCAAGAGAGCAGCGCAAGCAAAAGAGAUCAGUCAACAGGCGCGGCGGCCCACAGCUGCCCGACCUUAAGGAGCGACAGAGGACGAUCCGGACGAUGGUCGUCUCCUCGACCAUCCCCGGGGCUGCUGACUCGCUCGAGAAGACGGGGCUGUUCAAGAGGGUCGCAGGCACUGGCACUGGAAGAGGCAGGGGACGUGGCCAGCACGACGGCGCAUUCUCAGACUCGGACGAGAGUGAGGAAUCAGCGCCAGACUCCCCGGCCAUGUCACAGCUUGCAGGAACUGCGCGGACUAGGGGCAUGCGUGGUGCAGCCACGGUCGCGCAGCAAAAGAUGGCGCACAUUGGCCGAUCUGAGACACCCGAGGUCAUUACAUCACAUCAUCACGAAACUAGGACUUCGAGGCGUUUUGGUCGUGCCCUGGACGAGACGCCCGACGAGCCGCGGAACCACUGGGUUGUGGUCAAGGUGCCGCGAACUUACGAGAGGGCAAGGAAGAUGCUUUUGGAUAUGAAGAUGGGGAGGCCCAUCACCCGCCCCGAUGCUGCACAAACCCCUCGCCCACCACGUGCUCCCAGUGCGUCAGUCCCGCCGGGCAGCAUGGGGCCACCGUCGACCCCCUCGGCACAACCUAAACCUCCUCUUGUCAAGACCUCCAGUAGCGUGUCGCAGUCUAGCCCAUCUGCGCCUGUGCCUCAAGUCGGUCGUGUAGCUGCCCCUCCGCCGCCCGGGGAAGGGCAACCUCCCCUCGAAUUACCACCACCUCCAGAAUGGCUGGAAAAGUCGCUGAAUGACCUGCGCAAGACCUACCCUCAUGACAACUUCGAGGCCACCAUGCGGCAUUGCGCCGUGCACGCCGACACGGAGACCACCAUCAUACCGCCGCCACAGGUCCCGCGGGGGGCGCCCCUCCCCGACAACGUGAAAUACAUGUUCCUGCCCAGGAUCAGGUGUCCGGACUGCCCCGGCAAGCUGUACACGCCCGGCCCAGACACGACGGCGGCCAACUUUGAGGUGCACCUGCGGAACAAGGCGCACCGCGACAAGGUGAACAAGCGCGUGGGGUUCGAGACGGACCCGGCCAAGGUCGGCGCCUCUGCGGGCCCAGCGUCCUAGAUGAAUGAGGGCAGUGUAGGCGACGUUAUUUUUGUGGGCGGCCAGGAAGGUUCGGGGGAUAAGUAAUUCAAGCCGAAGGCCAAACAAACAAACAUCACCACGGCAUACAACAGACAUGCAUACCCUACAUCAUCAGUCUCCACAUCGUCUCACGAUCCCAAGUUUUAGUCAGUCACACCACCACUUUGGCUAAUGGGGUUGUUUUUUGGCUGGGACAUCCGCAGGAAGUGUGAUUGAUUGGUAUAGCGGGAUACCUGUUCCUGCUCAGGGGUCAAAGAAUCAAUAGGAAAUGUUGAGAGCUUACGAGAAGGGAUGGAUGGGCACACAACAAACACACUCUUGGGGGCGGGGGGUAGGGUAGGGGAAAAAGGC